AUGGCAGUGAAAGCACUUAUUAGGGUUACAAAUGAUCUGGGAGUUCUAGACAUAACUGUUUCCUGCAAGGUUGAUGAUAAUCAUCCACACGUUCUCAGCCCCGGUACUUACUAUGAGUGGAACUUUUCUCCUGAUAACGAAUUUGGAACGGAACCAUUAUUCAGUAAUUGUUCCUUUCAAUGGGAACGUGGCCAUUAUCACACAUUUGAUCUGUACGUAGAAGUUCGUGAUGGUGAUUGCAGCAAGUGCUUAUGGCUUAUUAAACCAGAUUCUCCAUGUAGGUAUACGGGUAAUUCAAGGUUUGCUUGCUAUCAAUGGAAAACUUAA